UUCAAACUCAGGAACAAAAUACAACUUGAUAGAAGCACUCAUGUUCUUAUCACAUUUUGUUGGUAUGCCCAUCAGUUUCUUAGUCUUCUCCGCCGCUCUCACGCCUUGCACUCUCUAAGUCUCUUAGUGGCUCAUUGCCAUCUCCGCCUCGACUCUGUCUUUGGCUCUCCAGCUUUCCACCCUCUAGAGUCUCAUCGACGCCGAAUUGCCCCUCAGUCACUCCCUAUGUUUAAAAAGAUGAGUUCAUUGGCGGCCAAUAAGAAGGUGAUCAAGAGAAGGUCUCCUACUCCCAAGAUGGUUCAGGCUAAAGGUGAAGGUUCUAGGAGGUUGUAUGACUCUGUUGAUGAAAACUCCUUAGCUAUGAGGAGAGCUCGAGAACUUCAAGCAAAUCUUUCACCUCAAUUUCCUAGUGUAGUGAAGUUCAUGCUCCAUUCUCAUACUACUGGUGGAUUUUGGUUGGGUCUGCCAAAAGAUUUCAGCACUUCUCAUCUGCCAAACCACAAUGCUGCUAUUAUUUUGGUGGAUGAAAAUGGAAAAGAAAUGGAGACCAGGUACCUUGCAGAAAGGCAUGGCCUGAGUGGAGGAUGGAGAGGUUUUUCCCAGGAACACAACUUGAUUGCCGGGGAUGUCUUAGUUUUUCAACUAAUUGAACCUUUCAAGCUUAAGGUGUACAUUGUUAGGGCAAAUGACUCAACAAACAUUGCCUGUGCUAUCAGCCUUCUAAAUUUUAGUCAUUCUGCACAACCAAUUGCAAGUGAGGGUUUACUGCAGGAAGGUGAUGAUAUUUAGGAGAAUGUAUGUGUUGGGAUUCAUGAUGCUGCAGAUCAGAUAACAGCAUCAAGGUAAAGAAGAUUGUGGGAAUGCGUGAACGGGCAACGGAGGCAAUUUGCAAGUGAAAAUGAGUCAAUUAAGGAAGCACAAAACGAGGGGCAUAAGGGUACGAACCAAGUCAAGGAGUGGAAUAGGAGCUUAGGCGAAUGUCAGGGAUGUUCCCGGUCGAGGUCAUGGCCGGGAGGGCGACUGUGACUAUCCCAGAGAACUUUUUGACUCCCGGCCUCACGCUGACGCUCACGGCAGCGAGUGUCAGCGGGAGCCUGGGAAUCAGAAAAUUCUCUGGGAAGGUCACUCUCACAAUCGGGAGGUAGACCAUGACCAUGUGUCAAGAAUUUGCUGAUUUGGUUUCUUUGGCACGAAUUGAAGGGUAUAAAUAAGUCUAGGCGGUUAUUUUUAGAUCACUUUUCAUUUUUAGCUCUCUCUAACUUUGAUGAAGAAAUGAACUUUCAUUUUGGUUUCAAAUUCAAGAUUGUGUUUUCCAUUGU